AUGGCAAGCAGUUCGAUCAAGACGAAGGUUGCCGAAGAUAAACGUCCGUUAUGUCGAUUUGCAAAUAAAGGAACAUGUCGGGAAAAAAGUAAUGAAUGCAAAUAUCGCCAUCAACGAUGUGAGAAUUUUGAAUCGUGUUCAAACUUAAAGUGUCUUUUGGCUCAUGCAGAAAGAGCGACUAUUCCUAAGGCUUGUCCAUCAAUUUCUGCCACCAGUCCAAUUUCAUCUGAUUUAGAAGAGUACGAACGAGAUCUACCUGUGACUUAUUCAAAUCGACAUAGAAGUGAUUCUGGUUCGUCAAUAAAUUCAAUUCAGUCGAUAAGUUCAACGCAAUCGAUGAAUAUAAAACCGAAGCCAUGCUUUAACGGGCUUAAAUGUUUUAAUGUAGACUGUAAAUUUGAUCAUCCAGAUAGAUGGAAUCCUUGCAUUGAUGGAAUAAAAUGUGAAAAGUAUGAAUGCACAGCCAAUCAUCCGUAUAAACGAAAACCAAAAUGUCGAGAUGGUAUGAAUUGUAAAAGUAGUAAUUGUAAAUUUUUACAUCCUAAUACACGUGCUCCGGAAUGUCCUUUGCGUGCAAAAUGUCAAAAUUGGAAUUGUUUAAAGAUACAUCCACGCUCUCGAGCUCGUCCUUGUACUGAUAAGGAAAAUUGUACGAAUUUGGCUUGUUUAUGUCUACAUCCACCAGAACGUGCUAAAUUAUUAUGUCCACUUGGAGCUGAUUGUCGUGAUCUUGUGUGUAAACUCAAUCAUCCAUCCGAACGGCCACCAAUAUGUGAUCAA